CUUUCUUCCUAUAAAGAACACUAGGCAGCACUUCAGCACUAUGCUUGGGGACCAUUUGAAACAGAUCAUCAGCAAGCACAAAAAUGUGAAAAAUUGGACCAUGAGAAGUACACCUGUUACAAGGUGGGAGCCUGGUAGCUGUCCAGCCAUAGUCUGAGGGGGAUAACAAACACCUCACUCCUCCCCAACCUCAUGAAACCUGAAACCUGAAGAACAGGUCCUUACUGAUAGUUUCUGGCUCUGGUACCAAGGAUAGGAGAUAGUUGGGGGAGGAGAGGAGUUGGUGUCACUACAAUGUUGUACUAGUAAGUGUUUAGCAACCAGCUCUGCAAGGGAAAAUACAUUUAUACAUACAAUGUGUACAUAUAAUACUUUUUUGUUAGAUUUUUUUUUAUUGUACUUUAGAUGAGGGUUUACAGAGCAAAUUAGUUUCUCAUUAGAUAGUUAAUAAACAUAUUGUUUUGUGACAUUUGUUGCCAACCCCAUGACAUGUCAACACUCUCCCCUUCUCGACCUUGGGUUCCUGUCCCCUCCUGGCUUCUAGUCCUUGCCCUUAGACUGAUGUGCCCCUUUAGUCUCAUUUUGUUUUAUGGAUCUGUCUAAUCUAUGGCUGAAGGUGAGGCUUAGGAGUGUCUUCAGUACUGAGUUAAAAUGCUGUCUGGGGUAUAUAAUACUUUUUAUUGUAAAUUUCAUACAAUCAGCUGAUUCUCAGUGGAAGUUUUUAUUGAUUUUUGUCAAAUUCAAGUAUUCUAGACAACCUAUGGUUGCAACUGACGAAAAAGUUGCUACAUGAAGAGCAAUGUGAAUGUUGGCUGAUAUUUACAUUGAUAAGACCAAAGUGAAAUAACAAAUACGUAUGUUGUAACUUCAUUUGUUCAUCGAUGACACGGGCAACAUCUUUGCUAAAUCACAUAAUAGUUUUCAAAUAUUGGAUGAAUUAUUUCCUCAGAUUUUUUGUGCCCGAUAUGUAAUAGCUACAGAAAAACCCAAACCUGUUGUGGUUGAUUCCAACUCAUGGUAACCUCAUGUGUUACAGAGUAGAACUGCUCUGUAGGGUUUUCUUGGCUGUAAUCUUUAUGGAAGCAAAUUGCCGGGCCUUUCUUCUGCAGCACCGCUAGGUGGAUUCAAAUUGCCAGACUUCGAGGUAGUAGCUGAGUGCCAACUGUUUGCACCACCCAGGGAACUAUAAUAGCUAGAGACAUGUUUAAGUGGAAGCUGUAUCAUUAACAUUUUCUUCAUCACUUUAGAUAGUCAAUGAAACAGUAAACCAAGUCCUGAUCUGUACAUUUGUUGAUUUCCAUGGCGUAAGUAACUCCCCACAUAGCAGAUUUCAAGCUAGCUACCAACAUGGAGUUACUGAACGUAUCCUGGGAAGAGGGGUGCCAUAGCAGUCCAUUCAAUACGAUUUCUACUAGGCAGACACAAUAGAAGCAAAUAACCUCAAGAGCAGAAGAAUAGUUAGAAAGUGAUGAGUUUGGGAUAUUUAUUACCUUUGUUUUUAAUAAAGAUAUUUACUUAAUUAGCUCACAAAAUUCUUAAAACUUUAACAAUUGGCUGUCACGACUUGUUUUGAGGUGUUUCCAGCAUACAACAGUGUCACUACUUUCUCCUUUUCUCACUAUUCUGAAAUGAACAAGCCUCUUCAUUGUUAACAGUCUAGUAUUAAAAAAAUAAGUAAAACAGUCUAGUAUUAAAAUAAAUAAAUAAAUAAAACAGUCUAGUAUUAAAAAAAUAAAUAAAAAGGGCUCAUCAUGAGAUGGGGCAGGGAAAUUUGGAAUAAAUGGCUCUCUCCUGCCCUUAACUCCUCUGGCAAGUCAGGGACGGGCUUUGGGUGAACAAUUCAUGCUUCCAGAGAGAGUGUUUCUGGGAGGCUUUACCGCAAGGGAGAGGGUGAAAAUCUGUGAGAUUCCCAAGAGCCUUCCUAGAGAACCUUACCUUUCUGGCCAGCUUCCUGCUAUCUUGGCACAACCUCAGAGGAGCCAUUUUGCUGGCGUUUGGGGAAAGGUUGCAUGUUUGAAAAGCGAGGUAGGCUCCAUGACUGCUGGUUUGUAGGUAGUGGGAAAGGAGGAGGAGAGUCCUGCUUAUCAAUCGCUCCUCUCCUCUUCUUUUUUCCCUUCCCUCUUGUUACGCAUCACACUCCUUGAUGUCAUUCAAGCCAUUGUGAGCCCACAGGCCGUUCCCUGGGGAGGGGGCAGCCCAUGAGUAAGGAAGGGAGUUGGGCGGUGGAGGGGUGGGGAGCAGUGGUCACACCAACACCUUGAAGUUGGGCUGGGUCUACAUGGAGCCCUAGAGAUGUCCUGCAGCCUAUUCUUCCCAAGUACAAAUGAGUAGGAUCAGGGGCCUCCCGCCUGAGGUCAGGGAACCAGGCCCUGGAGUGGAACUUGGGGUGGAAAAUGGCCUUCUUUGUCAACUGAUUCAUUCUCCAGAAUUCAACUUGUUCUCCGACUCUAUGGUGUUUGAAAGCAACUUUAUUCAGGUACCCUUGCGUAGGGCUGAUUUCCAGGUCACUAAGCCCGGGAAAUGGAUGAAUGUUUCUGGAGGAUCUACCACUGUGGUCCUUGGGGUGACCUCCUCGGUGCCCUCCCUGCCACUCCCCAAUGUCCUCCUGAUGGCCCAGGUCACCUGGCCCCGGGGUCCUUUUUCCACCUGGAGAAAACCUGGGGAUGCCCCAGUCAUCACCCUCAGCAGGAUUCUGCCCCUGAAGUACGUGGAGCUACAGAUCUGUGACCGGCUUCAGCGCAUCCUGAGGGUGAGGACUGUGACUGAAAAGAUCUACUACCUGAGGCUCCAUGAAAAACACCCUGAGGCCGUGUUUCAGUUCUGGACCCGCUUGGUGAGAAUUUUGCAGAAAGGCCUGUCCAUCACCACCAAAGACCCCAGGAUCCAAUUCACUCAUUGCCUUGUGCCCAAGGUGUCCAGCAGCUCCACUGAGACAAUACCUGAAAACAGCCUCCUGUCAUCAUCCCAGCCCAGUGAAAACCUCAGGCUGCUGACAGCAGAACAGACCAGUGGAAGUUCAUUGCACCUCUCAGAACAGUCCCAUCUCCCAGCAGCCAUCAACACCAACAUGACCAUUGAAAUGGACAAUUUCAACAGCAAUGACAAGACACCCUCCCCGGUGGUGACUCCAGUCACUUCGAACAUACCCAUGAGAGCCACCUUGAGCCACAGCCUCUGGGAACAAGAGAACUCGAAUGAGCACUUCUUUGAGGCACCUGUAGCCAGUUCCCUAGGAGAGAACUUCUGGGGACCCUGAGACCCAGCUAAACCAGAGUGACCUUCCCUUGGCUUCAGUGCAUAUGCUACAGUCUUUCAUUGCUCUUUCCCAUUGUGGGCCAAAUGACCUGGGAGAGGCAAGAUGGUGUUUAUAACAAGGUGCUUCUGUACUUCUACCAAUAAACCUCCUAGUGAGCCCAUCCAUCAUUGUAGUAGGUUAUGCUGUAGGGAGGUUUGAGGCUGAGUGAAGAGCGGUUAGGAGAAGGAACUUACUCUUUGGGAAAAUAAGUUUUAAAAAAAGUGCUCAAUUGAAACCCCAAAGCAGCCAAACAAAACCAAGAAAUCCGGUCCAGUGGGAAGGACUGUUUUCCUGUUUCCAAGGGGAGGGAGGGUACCCAAGAAAACAGAGGCAGGGUUGCUAUAAGCCCAAAAAUAGUGAGACCAAGUAGGAGGUACCUUUGUGUUACCCUAUUUGUCUUAAGCAAGAAGUAGAACCUUCACCUCCCCACUCCAUGUAUUAGUGUAGCAGCUAUGAAGGCUUACUAUGGGUCAUACAAACUUUGGUUGCUAAUGAAGACAUGACUUCUGCUAAGCAAGAUAGUGACCACCCUGCCGCCAGGAGUCCUGAUUGAUUUGACUGUUCCUACCCAGAGCCUAACAGAAGCAAACUGGAAGACAUGGUGUCUGUGUGUACUGGGGGUGGCGAUGGGGAUGGGAACUUUGGGCAGCCUCUAGACAAACAGAGAAUGUUUACUUGGAAAAUAGCACCACAAUUUUUUUUUUUGUACUUUAGAUGAAGGUUUAUAGAACAAACUAGUUUCUCAUUAAACAGCCAGUACACACAUUGUUCUAUGGCAUUAGUUAACAACCCCACGGCAUGUCAACACUCUCCCGUCUCAACCGUGGGCUCCCUUUUACCAGCUUUCCUGUUUCCUCCUGCCUCCUAGUCCCUGUCCCUGGGCUGGCGUGCCCCUUUAGUCUUAUUUUGUUUUAUGGGCCUGUCCAAUCUUUAGUUGAAGUGUGAACCUCAGGAAUGACUUCAUUACUGAACUGAAAGGCUGUCCGGGGGCCAUACUCUCAGGGUUUCUCCAGUCUCUGUGAGGCCAGCAAGUCUGGUCUUUCUUUCUGAGUUAGAAUUUUGUUCUACAUUUUUCUUCAGCUCUGUCCAGGACCCUCUAAUGUGAUCCUUGUCAGAACAGUCAGUGGUGGUAGCCGCACACCAUCUAGUUGUACUGGACUCAGUCUGGUGGAGGCCGUGGUAGAUGUGGUCCAUUAGUCCUUUGGACUAAUCUUUCCCUUGUGUCUUUAGGUUUCUUCAUUAUUCCUUGCUCCCAAAGGGAUGAGACCAGUGGAGUGUCUUAGAUAGCCGCUCAUAGGCUUUCAAGACCCCAGACACUACUCACCAAAGUAGAAUGUAGAACAUUUUCUUUAUAAACUAUGUUAUGCCAAUUGAGCUAGAUGUUCCCUGAGACCAUGAUCCCCACAGCCCUCAGCCCAGCAAUUCAGUCCCUCGGGGAGUUCGGAUGUGUCUGUGGAGCUACCAUAACCUUGCCUUGUACAGGUUGUGCUGGCUUCCCCCAGUAUUGAGCACCACAAUAUUCAACAAGUUUUUAUUGAGUGCCUGUUGGGUGCCAGACACCAUGCUAAUAUCAGUUAUAAUAGAGAGAGCAAGACAGAGAGACACUUUACCUGUUUUAGGGAGGGUUUGGGAAAAAUACCGUUAGGGGUUGAUUUGUGUCCCCACAAAAGAUACGUUGAAGUCCUAAUCCCCAGAACCUGUGAAUGUGGCUGUCAUGGAUUGAAUUAUGUCCCCCCCAAAAAUGUGUGUAUCAACUUGGUUAGGCCAUGAUUCCCGGUACUAUAUGAUUGUCCUCCAUUUUGUGAUUGUAAUUUUAUGUUGAGAGGAUUAGGGUGGAAUUGUAACACCACCCUCAUUCAGGUCACCUCCCUGAUCCAAGGUAAAGGAAGUUUCCCUGGGCUGUGUGGCCCGCAACACCUUUUAUCUCUCAAGAGAUAAAAGGAAAAGGAAGCAAGCAGAGAGUGGGGGACCUCAUACCACCAAGAAAGCAGCACCAGGAACAGAGCAUGUCCUCUGGACCUAGGGCCCCUGCGCCUGAGAAGCUCUUUGACUAGGAGAAGAUUGAGGACAAGGACCUUCCUCCAGAGCCGACAAAGAAAGAAAGCCUUCCUCUGGAGCUGAUACCCUGAAUUUGGACUUGUAACCUACUAGACUGUGAGACAAUAAAUUUCUCUUUGUUAAAGACAUCCACCGUGGUAUUGCUGUUAUGGCAGCACUAGAUGACUAAGACAGUGACCUUAUUUGGAAAUACGGUCUUUGCAAGUGUAAUCAAGUUAAGAUGAGGUCAUUAGGGUAGGCCCUAAUCCAAUAUGACUGGUGUCCUUAUAAGGGGAGGAGAAGAAACACAGACUGAGACACACAGGGAGAACACCAUGUGAUGACCGAGGCAGAGAUUGUAGUAAUUCGUCUACGAGCCAAGGAACGCCAAGGAUUGCUGGCAACAUCAGAAACUAAAAGCAAAAGCAUGGAACAGAUUCUCCCCUGGAACCUUCAGAGGGAGCAUGACCCUGCUGACACCUUGAUUUCAGGCUUCUGGCCUCCAGAACUGUGAGAGAAUAAAUUUCUGUUGCCCCAAACCACCUAGUUUGUGGUAAUUUGUUAUGGCAGCCCUAGGAAGCUCAUACUAAUACAACGCCCUAUUUUGAAGACAUAGGAAGGACACGAAGGUUGAGGAGAGGUUGAAUCUUUCGGUCUGCAAUUAGGAGCUGGAGGGCCUACUCUCCUCUAGUUGACACAUUGUGGGAUGGGAAGAAGGAACGUGACUGACUUCCCCUGUGCACACUCAGGUGGGCUGAGCAGGCAAUUCCAGCUCUGUUGGGUUGCAUAACACAUUUGAGCUGAGAGGAUGCCUAGUGUUUGUGGGUUUCUUACUGCCUCCAGUAAAAAUAAAAACAAAACAAACUUCCUUUUGCCAUAUUAAAAUCCAACUGAGAGUUGUAGGUAAUAGUGAGGGAGAUUUGGAAGGUGAACUUGGACUAAUGCAAAGGCAGACCACACUUCUCAAUUCAUGCCUGUCCUCCAACUAUCAUUAUUAAUUGGGUACCCAUUCACUCUAAAGUGUUCCUGUCCCUUCUCACCCACUAGGAUGGGUAUUAUCAGAAAAACGCAAAAUAACAAGGGUUAGUGGAGAUGUGGAGAAAUUGGAAUUAUUGGCGGGAAUGUAAAAUGGUGGUUUAGUAGUAGAACUCUCGCCUUCCAUGAGGGAGACCUGGGUUGGAUUCCCGGUCAAUGCAUCUCACGCACAGCCAUCAACUAUCUGUUCAUGGAGGCUUGUGCGUUGCCAUGAUGCUGAACAUGUGUCAGUGGAGCUUCCAGACUAAGACAAACUAGGAGGAAAGGGCUAGAGAUCUGCUUCCAAAAAAUUAGUCAAAGAAAACCCUAUGUAUCACGAAGGUCUGACCCCCUUGUGCAUGGAGUUGCCAUGAGUUGGGGGCCUACUCGACGGCAGUUAACAACAACAACAAUAUGAGUAGAGGCAGGAGCUUUGGGCAUGUUGUGCUUCUCAAAGUCCAGCAAGCAGUGGGGCGAUAGCCUCUGGUCCUCUUCCCCCAGCGUCAGCCCCAGCCUGCUCAUUUCUCUCUGCUGUCAUCAGUGAGAACUUUUGUUGCAGUCUCAGCCCAGCCUAGUUUCCAGGCAAUCCACUCAAGGGCAAUGUGUACCUGUGUGUUUCAGCCUUUAGCAGGUAUGGUCUGGGAUGAACCAUAUUCCUGUGGGUGACACCGGGAUGUCCUGACCUUCCCUGCCUCUCACCAGGUUGACUCAGUUUCUACCGGAGUUUGAGAACUUCGGUUCCUGCCUAUUCCCCUCUCUGGUUCCCUUAGCCUCCAGCUGGCAUCGAGAGCCCCCAAGAGUCUUCCAAUAAAUUCCCUUUGGCUUAAGCUGGUCACUUUCUGUGCUUACCACCGCAUAACCAUG